UGUUUGCCAGUUAAAGGUUUCGAAGUCGUUUAACCGGUUGCGCUGAAAACUUCGAAAAAAAAAGAAAAAGGUAAAAGUUGGCAACCGUGUUGUUCUAGGUUCUUAUCCAUUUUACAAAACAGUAGCAGUCGAUUAACAGAACAGUAGCUAUGAAAGUGAAGGCAGUUAUUUUAGUUGGUGGACCAGAAAAGGGUACACGAUUCCGUCCACUGAGUUUAGAUGUCCCCAAACCACUUUUCCCCAUCGCAGGCUUUCCACUUAUACACCACCAUAUCGAAGCCUGUAGUAAAAUACCAGAGGUCACUGAGAUUUUGUUGAUUGGUUUCUUCCAACCAAGCGAUGCAAUUAAACGUUUCGUGCGAAGGGAGAGGCAGAAGUAUGGCAAAAACAUCAGUUACCUGCAAGAAUACACGAUGCUCGGUACAGCUGGCUGUAUCUACCAUUUCCGUGAUGUUAUUAUGAACGGAGACAUGGACGCUUUCUUCCUUAUGUUCAGCGAUGUUUUCUGUGACUUUCCUCUCCUGCAAAUGAUCGACGCAAAGGAAAAGUUCAUGCCUUAUCUAAUGAUGACGGUUGAGGUACCACAAGAUCAGUCGUUGCACUACGGGUGCGCCGGUAUCAACCCUUUAACGAAAGAAGUUGUUCACUACAUAGAAAAACCUGAUACAUUCGUCAGCCGAGACGUUAACGCUGGCUUGUACCUUUUGAACGUUGAUAUUUUCGAAGAGAUCGGAAUGUUGUUUCAACGCAAACACAGGCCGAGCAUAAGCGGGAGUUUAGACAACGAAAAAUACGAAGACAGCACAAGUAAUGGCCUUGGACGAAUAGUUUUGGAAAGUGAUUUAUUGCCUUUAUUAUCAGGCUCGGGAAAACUAUUCGCGUUCAAAACAAACACGUUUUGGCUUAACAUAAAAUCAGCAGGGUCAGCAUUACAUGCUAAUAGAGCGAUAUUGGAAUUGUACAAGACGACUCACCCUGGUAGAUUAAACAACGAAUCAAACUGUAUGGGUAAUGUGUCAGUUCAUCCGACGGCUGAGGUUGAUCCGACAGCAGUGUUGGGACCGCAUGUUACAAUCGGAGCAGGGGCAAUCAUUGGGAAAGGAGUUCGUGUGAAAAACUCAAUGAUAUUAGAAGGAGCGAUAAUGAAGGACCACUGCUGCAUAUUGAACAGCAUCAUAGGCUGGAACUGCGUGGUUGGGGAGUGGAGCCGAGUAGAAGGAACACCCACCGAGAUCGACCCUAAUGUUAACCACGCAACGACUGAUAACUUUUAUUUGUUUGAUGAACAAGGACGACUACGACCCUCCAUUACUAUUCUCGGUCGUGACGUCACAGUACCCUCAGAAGUAGUGGUCCGCAACUCAAUAGUGAUGCCGAACAAGAAUAUAAAUCGCGGAUUCAAAAACCAAAUUUUGCUCUGAUUUUUUUAAGGUAUUGAACAAAAUUUCAAACUACAACUUUUUCUCAGUACAGGGUAUACAAUUCUCGUAACUUAUUCCAAAAGGCGCGUCAAAUAAAAACGGUGAUCGAAA